AUGCUUUGCUUCACUAAUAUUGUUUCAUAUCAAAGCCAACAACUAUUACUUUUUUCAGAUGCAGGGCAUCACGAAGGCGAAGAAGUAGAAUGUGAUACCAAUUCAUACCUUCCCAUUUGUGAAGCCAACAAGAAGCCGUACAUAGGUCAACAAUUCAAGACUAUAAAUGAUGCAUGGGAAUUUUAUAAAAAAUAUGGAGCAGCUUCAGGUUUUGGAACUCGGAAGAGCACGGCCAAAAAAGGAAAAUAUGGUCAAAUAUUGUAUAGAUACUUUAUCUGUACAAGGGAAGGUGCCAAACCUGAGUCUCAAAAAGAGGUUCCAGAGUCAAGCCGGCGAAAAACCAAGAAGCGUCGGACGCCAUCCACUAGAAACGGUUGUAAGGCUACUAUUAAGGUCAAUAUACAAGAUGACGGGAAAUAUGUUGUAACUCGCUUUGAGGAAUCGCACAACCAUGAGCUUGUAAGUGAAGAAUGUCGUCCUUUUAUGAAGCAAAAUCGCAAAAUUGACCAAUCGCAUCAGAUGAUUAUGUUGAAGUGUGCCAAGGCUAACAUUGGACCUGUGAGGGCAUUCCGUGUUUUUAAAGAGUUGGUAGGAAGUUAUGAUGAUGUAGGUUGUACAAGCAAGGACUUUAAAAACUUGAAUUAUGACAUGAACUCUCAUGCUGAUGGGGUCGAUGCACAGCUACUUCUGGAUAGGUUUCUUAGUAAGCGUGAUUGUGACGAUGGUUUCAAGUGUGAAUACUUGACUGAUGAGUUUGAUAAAGUGAAGAGUUUAUUUUGGUGUGACUCCAUUGGUGUGCGAAAUUACUCCGUCUUUGGUGAGGCUGUGUCAUUCGAUGCUACAUACUCAACAAACAGACUGAAUUCGUGGAUGUAA